CUGUCGGUUUUUUGGAGACAAUGGCUUGACUCUGAAAGUGUUCUUUACCAAGGCGGCACCUUUUGGUGUUCUUUGGACUCUCACAAACUACCUGUACUUACACGCAAUAAAGAAGAUAAAUGCCACAGACGUCUCCGUCCUGUUCUGCUGCAACAAAUCAUUUGUUUUCUUGCUGUCCUGGAUCGUUCUCAGGGACAGAUUCAUGGGAGUGAGGAUCGUGGCCGCCAUCCUUGCCAUCGCAGGCAUUGUCAUGAUGACCUACGCCGAUGGCUUCCACAGUCACUCAGUCAUUGGCAUAGCCCUGGUGGUGGGCUCUGCCUCCAUGUCAGCCCUCUACAAGGUUCUGUUCAAGCUGCUGCUGGGCAGCGCCAAGUUUGGAGAAGCGGCCUUAUUCCUGUCCAUCUUGGGCGUGUUCAACAUCCUCUUCAUCACCUGCAUCCCUGUCAUCCUCUACUUCACCAGGGUGGAGUACUGGAACUCCUUCGACGACAUUCCAUGGGGAAACCUCUGUGGGUUUUCCAUUCUUUUAUUGACAUUCAAUAUUGUAUUAAAUUUUGGAAUCGCUGUCACAUAUCCCACGCUGAUGUCUCUCGGAAUUGUCCUCAGUGUACCUGUAAAUGCAGUGGUCGAUCACUACACGAGUCAGAUAGUAUUCAACGGGGUCCGGGUCAUCGCCAUCAUCAUUAUCGGCCUGGGCUUCCUCCUCCUGCUCCUUCCAGAAGAGUGGGAUGUCUGGUUGAUCAAGUUGCUCACCCGCCUCAAAGUGAGGAAGAAGGAGGAGACAGCAGAGAGCAGCGGGGACUUGGGCACGGGUCCCCAGAGCAGGAGCAGAAGAGCCCGCCCGUCCUUUGCUCGCUGAGAAAACUCCUCUAGAACUCUGGGAUGCCCCUAUGGUAAUGUUUUUGAGGUCUAUUCCUGAGGGAGGAACCUCAGCUGGGUGAGGUGUACAUACAUGUACAGUUUUGGUAACCGCAGUAAGUUCUACGGUAUUUAUUGGCAUGUCCAAUUUGCUUGCACUUUUCCACGUCAGACCUUCCACUAAGGGUACCGAUUCAAAACAGACAAGAAAAGAACCUCUCAGUGCUUCUUCAAUGAAUGUAAAGUGGGGUAAAAUGAGCCUUGUGUCGGUCUCUUCGGAGGACAGGCAAGCUGGACAAGCCAGGGCAAAGGCUCUGCCUCUUAGCAAUUGAAAAUGACAUUGUGCACUGUGAUUAUUUUUCAGCUAUAGUAGGUCAUAUUUUGUUUUAUACCAGAACUGUAUACUUAAUUUUAAGGAAUCUCAAUGAACCAAAAGAUAAUUGUCAGUUAAUUUGGAUGGGUGGAUAGAUGGAUGAAUGGAUGGGUGAGUGGGUGGAUGGGUGGAUGGAUGGAUGGAUGUGUGGAUGGAUAAACAUAUAGGUGGGUAGAUUGUUGGUGGACAGAUGGGUGAAUGGGAAGGGAGAGAGAGGUGAAGAAAAGGAUAAUAGACAUGAAGAUAAAUGGAGGACAGGCCUGUGCUGGGUCACAUGAUAGGAAACAGAACUCCGACCUAGCUGGUCUGGUCUCACAAGACCAUGAGGAGAACUCAGUGCCUUCUACAGCAUCUCUGUCCUAUGUGAAGCGAGGUGACAUUAUAUGUCACUAGCGCCGUCUUAUAAUUUAGAUGUAGAAAUCUUAAAAAAAAAAAACAAAACUCAAACUAUAUGUGUAUAUGUGUGUUCAAAAGUGACAAAGCUGGUGGCCAGUGCGUUUGGAGGGCGGUUGGCGGUGUACAGUAUGCACUGCAGGUGCACUGUGUGGGAGGAACGGCUGGUGGCUUUUACUUCCAGACCAAGACUGAAACGUUAUUUACUGAGUCUGUAAGCCUUUUAAAAAAACUUUUAAGCGCCGGGCUGUUUACUUACACAAUUUAGGUCUGCCGGAGAAUUCUAUCUGUGAUAGAUCUGUACAGAGGGACUGGGCUUAGAGUUUACUAUUUUUGAAGUUUACAUUGUUACAUAUAAAUGGGAACCUGAUUUUGAAAUGGUAUCAUAUCCUAAAGGUGCAUUCUGGAACCAUGGAGUCUUUCGUUCCUGGGGGGAAGGGGUACUCAUGACCUGAACUUUUUAGCCAAUUAUUAUUCUCAGUUUCCAUUACUUGUUUGGCCAAACAGAUUAAUAAAAUAUUUGAAACAAAAAAA